UUGGAUAGUCUGAGGAUAAGUCUUUUAAAGUGACAAGUUUUGCUUCUUGUUAAAAUCAUUGAGGAUAGCAAGCAGGAAAUUAAAAGUCACAAUCAUGAAAAAUUCCAAUUGAAUUAUUUGAAUUGAAAGUAAGAGUAUAUUUGUAAAAUAAAAGUGAUACAAAGUAGCUAUAACUAGAGGACGUGAUAAGAAGAAAGAAAAAGAAAGUACAAAUGCACGGAACGAGAAGCUGUGAAGAGUAGCAAAAGAAAGGAAAACAAUCGAAAGGGUUAAAAAAAUAAUAAAAAAAAAGAAAUGGAUGACAACUCAACCGUAGUGUUUGGUAGCAUAAGACUGACAUCGGAAGAGAACUUUUACAACAACACUCCUGCACCACCAUCGUAUGGAUAUAUCAACUACACGACACCAUUUAUAGGUCAAACAUCUGAUGACUUGUUGAUUCCCAUAGCUGACGUUAAUCAUGAUCCAUUUUAUGUCGUUAUUCCAAUUACCGUCAUAUAUGCAAUAAUUUUUAUUACGGGAGUCAUAGGAAAUAUCUCAACAUGCAUUGUCAUCUCCAGAAAUAAGUCAAUGCAUACUGCAACGAAUUAUUAUCUAUUUAGCUUGGCUAUAUCAGAUUUUAUUCUGCUCAUAAGCGGCGUUCCUAUGGAACUUUAUCACAUUUGGCACAAACAUGAUUUUAUCUUUGGUGAAGCAUUCUGCAUAUUGAGGAAUGCAAUCAAUGAAAUGUCGGCUAAUGCUACCGUUCUCACAAUAACUGCAUUUACGAUAGAACGUUAUGUGGCAAUAUGCCAUCCAUUCCUCUCACAUACAAUGUCUAAGUUAUCGAGAGCUAUUAAAUUCAUCUUCCUUAUUUGGAUCCUAUCAAUUGCUUUUGCAACACAGCAAGCUAUGCAAACUGGUAUCGUUGUAAAUGAACAAAAUCAGACUUGGUGUACAGUUGUUCAUGAUCGAGUUAUUAUCGAAUAUUCGUUUCUUUAUGCAACAGUUUUAUUCUUCUUUGCUCCAAUGAUGCUAAUAUCUGUGCUUUAUUUGCUAAUUGGUAUAAAAUUACGCUCAAAUACUCUUAUAAAAAGAGAAAAUGGAAAUGUUGUUAGGAAUAAUAAUCUUCACUCAAGUACACAGAGUAACACCAGCCAAAGCACAAAGAGAGUUAUCAAAAUGUUGGUUGCUGUGGUCAUUUGCUUCAUCCUCUGUUGGCUUCCUUUUCAUUUUCAGCGACUGGUUCACAACUACAUGUCAUAUAGCGGAGAUUAUCAUAAUGAGAUAAUUGUAAGCUUAUUCACAUACACGACCUACAUAUCUGGAAUUCUCUAUUAUGUGUCGACGUGCAUCAAUCCAAUCUUGUAUAAUUUGAUGAGCAAUAAAUUUAGAAGUGCAUUUAAGGAGACACUUCAGAAAAAAUGCUGCCAAUGUUCUACAGCACAAGCCAACUACCAAAAGCGCGAAUACCGAAUAUUAUCGAGAGGGAAGCGAUGGAAUGUUCAAUCUGAACCAUCAGAGUAUUCAGGAUCCGGAAAGGACGAAUAUUACUCAUCAUCUACUCAAAAACAAUCAAUCGAGACUAUAGCGACAUCGAGAAACACAUCUUGUAAACAACUGAAUAAAUAUUACACAGAAAAUUUUGGAAAAACUCUACCUAUAAUUGAAAUGGGAUCAUCAGUAACGUCACGAUUCCCAAAUGCUAUAAAUGAAAAUGAAGAGAUGACAAAAAAUUGCAACACAUGUCUGUCAACGAAAAUUGUCGGCUCUGAAAUCAACUUAUUUCCUGACUAUUAUAUUAAUGAGAUUCAACUCAAUAUAUUUCCGCCAUCUGCGUCUUAUACAGCAAGAACGGCGACAACUAUACAGGGUAAAAAUAGAACCAAUAAUCAAUGUGAAGAAGGUGGUGGUGGGAGUGUAAGUCCUUUGAGAACAGUGAAUUGCCUAAGCAUAGAUGUCCAUGAAAAUAAAUUGCACACAUUACUCAAUGAUGUGUGUGGUGAGACGAAGGAUGAUGCAGUUGGCAAUUUCUCACAUAUUUCAUUUAAGAAACGAGAUAGCAUCCUACACAUUUCCAUUGGAAAUUCCUCAAAAAUAAUGAAGCGAAGCAAGCAUAAAAGACGAUGGUUCUUCGCUAAAUUCUACAAAAUGUCACGUAAAUCAAAGAAAGAGAAGAAUCAAAUGUUUUUAAAUUCGCAAUUUGGCAGUCGUGAAGGCAAUAUCAACGAAAACAAUUCCACUUAUCAUUUAAAUCAUACCGAAAGUUUAAAUAUUGUAAAUGACAAUUUAGUGAUAACAAUAAAUAAGAAAUCUCAUGAGAAUAAUCAUGAAAAUCAUAUUGAUAAUAAUCAAUUAAGGAUAUUUGAAAGAGAUUUGGAUUAUGGUGCUAAUGAACUUGAUUUUUAUAUGAAUGAGAUUAAGAAGCGAGAAAAUAGGGGUGGUUAUGAGGUCUGACACGAUGAGGAUCCUAAUUAAAUUUUUUUUUAAUAAGCUAAUUAGAUAAUAAGGUUAAAAUCAUGAAAAAUUGGAUUAUUUUUUUUCUAUCCCAUGAUAUUGUUUAAUUAAAGCUUUUGUUACAUGCAAAUAGAACAAUGCACACUAAAUGAAGACAACGAUAAUCAUAUUACUUGUCGCGUACGGGUUUUGCACAGAUUUAAUUGAAUUUUAACCCUUCUCUUUGUUAAUUUUGUUUCUAUAAAUUGAAAAUGCAAAGCUUAGCAGAGAUUCAAAGUAAGUUUUUUGCAAGAACUCAACUUCAAAAUUGAUUAACUUCCUCGAGUCAUAGAGAUCUCUUCUGUCUUUAAGAUGGUUUUCAAAUCUCUUUGACAACGUGAAAGUUUCGAACACAAUUAGUUUUUGAGGCAAAAAUUCAAAGAAUUUGACAGAAGAAGCUUUUUCAAAUAUCAAGAAUGCUCAAAUUUAAAUAAUUUGAAAAUGAGACUCAAAAAUAAAAACAAAAUGGUACUUAAAUCUUAAAGAUUUUGAUUUUACGUGUAUCUUGUCUUAAAUUCUUGUUAAUUGAAAUUGAAAUUCAAACAUCAGUUUUAAUUAAUUACUAAAAUGUCAUUAAUUUCCGUAUUUGAGGUUUCUACAUCAUUAACGGGUCGGUUUUUAAUACAGAAUCAUAUCUGGUUUCUUAAGAUUAUUGAAUUGAAACUUUAAUUAAUUAAUAACUUUAUCUAAGUGAGUUUUCAUUCCAAUAAUAUAAGGUCAUGGUUUUGAUUCGAAAUCUUUUGUUGCAAACUUUGUAUUAGAUUCAAAAGUAGCUUGUUAAAGAAGGUAUGAGUGACUAAUUUUCCAUAGUCUGGUAAGGGUGUGUAAUUAAAGUAUUAGACGGAAGCCUCUAGAGUUUGAAGCUCUAGUUCCAACCAAGAUUUUUGGUGUAAUCGAGGCCAGAUCCAAGGACUCGUAGAUAUAGUCUUCAUCGGUGCAACUUCAAUCUUACUUUUCUUCAUAGAUCUUAUGAUAAAUUUAAACUUGCUCUUUUCCUUAAUUUUCUUCAAACUUUUCAUUUACAUCGAAAUUAACUUUUAAAUGUUUUAUUUUUGCUAUAUUGUCAACGUUACUGAUUGGUUUGGGAAGGCGUAAUUUGUUUACUCGUUUAAAAAUUAUAUUGGCGUUUUAGCCUAAUUAUGUACCCUUCAUACGUAAGCGUAAUCUUGUCAAAAUAUUUAUCGAAAUAAGAAAAAUCUUUGUUAUAUUUUUAUAUCAUUGUUAUCAAUUAUUUAAAUUUAAUUGAAUUAUAUAUAUUUUUGGAUCCCACUAUAAAUGAAGCUAUAAACCAAUAAAUGUCCAAUUUAAGAAUUUAAAUUUGUAAAAAUGAAAAUAAUGUAAAUUUUCAGUGUUCAGUGAAAUGAAUGUUGUUAAAAAUGAUUAAAAAUGUCAAAUUUGAAUGACUGAAUCAGUUGUUUAGUACAAAAAUUACGUGUUUAAUAUUUUUUUUUUCUUUUUUUCAAAAAAC